AUGGAAGUGGAUAAAAAUUACGAUGAAAAUGAGUGUAUUUUAGUAAAUAUACACAAUAAUGUGCUAGGUAUCGAACUUCUUGAAUACAAUAGACAACUUCCUAUUAUUAAUACAUCAAUUAAUUUAGAAGUUGGAGUUAGUUUUCCGUCACCUAAAAUAGCUGACCAUUAUAUUGAACAAUAUGCAUUGCAGCAACAUUUCGUAAUUUUUAAAGCAAAAUUUGAAGUUCAUAGUGAUAAAACCUUUCAGAAACGAGUUUUCAAAUGUGAUGUAAAAGGUCGUUAUAAACAAAAACUUUCCGAUCUGGCUGUUGGCAUAACAAUCACAUUAUUCAAAAAUACCCAUUGUCAUGAUAUCUUCAUAGAAACUCUCAAAUUUGCUCCUAUUUACAGAUCAUUUACUUCUGAAAUUAUGAAAGAAAUCGAAUUUUACGUAGUAAAUGAUCGCUGCAAUGCUAGUACAAUCUGGAAUCUUUUACAACCAAAAUACCUAAAACGGGUCUUCUUAACUCAAGACCUUGAUACUUCGUCAUUAUUGGCUAAGUUACUUCAGUUACAAUCAGAAAAUUCUUCUUGGUUUAAAUCAUUAACGGAAGAGGAUUUUAAUAGAAGGUCACAUGGUCUUAUUGAUAAAUAUCCGAAAGGGAAAAAGUAUAUUUCAGAUCAAUUACUUGAUAAAAAACAUAUGUGGGUGAAGUGUUUUACUUUAUGUCGCUUCACAACAGGCACACAAUCAACCCAGCGAGUUGAAUCAGAGAAUUCACUCAUUCAGAAGGCAGUACAAUCCUCAUUUUCUCUAUUUCAAGUUCAAGAAAUUAUAGAACAACGUCUUGAAACUGAGAAUAUUAACAAUAAAUAUUCUAUUUGGAAAGCUUCUAAUAUGGUAUAUCUGCAGCCAUUUAUUGUGAUGAAUUUAAAUGAGAUUUUUACUUUUGAUGAUGAUGUUUUUGAGCCAUUGGUCAUUGAAUCUCAAGAGUCUGAAAUUCCUACUUCUUUACAAGCAGAUGAA